CGACAGAUGGCAACACCUGUCUGGCGUUCUCCCCUGCUUUCCCGCCUUUAGCUUGGAGAGCAGAGCUGAGAGUGUCUGCCCCGCUGCCAUGGAGGACUGUCGUGUCGAGUCGCGCUAGCGCGCGUUAGCCCUUGUCAGGGUUGCCAGAUUUGGCUACUUUACGCCAAAUUGGCUACUUUUAAAAGGCCGCGGCGACAAAAAAAUGACGUUGGCUACUUGGCUACUUUUUGGCUAUUGUUCUGGCACCGGCAUAAACAGCUAAUAUACGCUAAAACGUAGCGCAACUAUCACAAAAUAAGUGUUCAUUCGCACUGCCGGCUGCGGCUCCCUCGGUGUAAUGGCUUUUGUGUACUCUGUAUACAGGAAACAAUUGCGUGCGCCCGAAACACGUCACGGCCGCCAUGCUCUUCACAUUAUUAAUGGAACUCAUCUAGGUUAGGCAACACUGUAACGUAGCUGGCGCGGUACUCGUUCAGUCUUGCUAGCCGCUAUAGUUCUGCGUUGUAUGUGUGGUGGGCCUGGUGGCCGCGCGCGGCGCGGUCCAUGUGCACCGGUUCAACAAAAGUCGAAACUACAGCUCAGCCAUGGGCAAGCACGCCACUGCACGAAGGAUGUUUCGGCAACAGUGGCUGGAGGACCCAAAGCUAAAAGACUGGAUUGCCCCUGCAGAAAGUGGCCAAGCCUUCGCACGGUGCAAGGUUUGCUCCUGUGAGGUACGGGCACACUACGCGGACCUGACUAAGCAUGCCGAAACAAGAAAGCACCGCACAAGAGUGGCACCAAGCGACCAGCACCGGUUGCGAGAUGUUCUCGCGCCUGCUCUUGCGUUUGACGAAGAACAAAAAAGAUGCGCUCUUAAAAUCGCUCUUUUCACAGCUUGCCACAUGCCGAUAAGAUGUGUGGAUGAGCUUUCAGAUCUACUCAAAGGAGAGCUCAAGUUCGACCUCGUGAUGCACCGAACAAAGUGCACAGCCCUAAUCAUUGGAGUCCUGGCACCAUAUUUCGCCGAAUAUCUACAGAAGGACAUUUCAAAACAGCCUUAUUCGCUGUUGGUCGAUGAGUCGACCGACGUUUCAGUCAGAAAACUGGUAUGUGUGUCUGUACGGUAUUACAGUGCAACUGCGAAAAAAAUAACCACUACUUUUUUGCACUUGGUGGAGACUGAAGAUGGAAAAGCAGAUACCAUUUACAAUGCAGUACAAUGGGCACUCCGUGACAGUGAGCUAGAUCCAAAACAUUGCAUUGGACUUGCAACGGAUGGCGCAAACGCCAUGUGCGGCCGCAAUAACUCUCUAUGGAAGAAAAUGAGGGACGAUAACCCUUCGAUUACACUUGUGAAGUGUGCGUGUCACUCAUUGGACCUGGUUGCUUCUAAAGCGAUGGAGGCGAUGCCAGCGAGCCUAGAAUUUAUGAUCCACGAAACCCACAAUUACUUUGCACACAGCAGCUCACGGCAGGCUGUAUACAGGAGUCUAUACAGCGACAGCAAUACAAUGCACGAAAAGAAUGAACCAUUAAAGAUUCUAUCGCCCUCUGCCACAAGGUGGUUAGCGAUUGCUGACUGUAUCGAGAGAAUACUAGCUCAAUAUGAUGUCCUAAAGAAGCACUUUGCGUCUGUUCCUGACAAGGCGUACAGUGUACGCCUCCUUAAAGAAAUGUAUCAUGACGAGAGGAACCGCGCAUACCUUCUCUUUUUAGAGCCACUUCUUACUGACCUCAAGAGAGUGAACAAGCUUUUCCAAGGAGAAGAUGUAGACCCGCUCGGCGUUUUCGAAGAGCUGCAAAAGCUUUACAAACGCCUUGUGGCAAGGAUACUAAAGCCAUCUGUGCUACGACAUCAUGAUGAAGUGAGCAUCUGCGACAUUGACCUAAUGAACCUUGAGUCAAUCUUCCUAGGCCUAGAUGACGUAGGAUUUUGGUGGCAGCUUCACUGA